UCAAAUAUUUUCCUUUUAAUAAAUACAAAAACAAUCUUUGUAAUCUUCGUUAUAAUGUGAUAUAUUAUAUUCUUGAACAUCAACCAAAGGAAAUUGCAGUUUAUGUAAUAACUUGGAUGUAACAAUGGCGUCCACAGUGCAGACAGUCACUAGCAAUUUCAACAUUAGUUUCUGUUCAAAAAUGGCAGUUCGUAUUUUGCAAAAAGAAAUAGAGAAAGAAUCAAAUUUUGUGCUUUCUCCUUUGUCAUUUCAAUUGAUUUUGAGUCUAAUUGCUGUUGGCUCAAAAGGUUCCACUUUGGAGCAGCUGCUUUUCUUUCUAGGAUCGAAGAGUAUCAAUGAGCUAAAUGAUUUGGCUUCCAUUGUUAAUUCUGUAUUCCUUUCAGCAAAUGAAAGCAAAGGCAAACGCAAACGCAAACUCUUGGAAACUUCAAGUCCUCCAGUGGUUUCAUUUGUCACUGGUGCUUGGGUCGAUAAAAAGUAUGGUCUAAAGCCUUCUUUUGAGAAAGUGUUGAAGACUGUUUACCAUGCCACAGCCAAAGAGGUUGAUUUUGCAAAUAAGGCUGAUCAAGUGACAGAGGAAGUUAAUUUAUGGGUAAAGAAAGCCUCCAAAGGACUCAUCAAAAACCUUCUUCCAAAACAAUGUCUAGACAGCAAUACAGCUCUUAUUCUUGCAAAUGCACUCUACUUCAAAGGUUCAUGGAAUCGAAAAUUUGACGUAUCAAAAACUAAACACAGAGAAUUCCAUCUUCUCAACGGUCAAGUUACUGAAGCUCCUUUCAUGACAAGCAAAGAACACGAAAAACAUCUUUAUGGAUCCUUUGAUGGGUAUAAAGUUCUAAAACUACCCUAUCAAUAUGGUCCAGAAACUAAUCGAUUUUCAAUGUAUUUCUUUCUUCCAAAUGCAAAAAAUGGUUUGCACAAUUUAAUCCAAGUUUUCAAAUCAAAUCCUGAAUUUUAUCAAAAAGAAAUCGGAUUACAGGAAGAAGAGCUACCUGAAUUUUGGAUUCCAAGAUUUAAAUUUUCAUUCCAGAUUGAAGCAUCAGACGCCUUGAAAGAGUUAGGACUAGAAUUACCAUUUUUCCCUUUAGGCGAAUUUACAGAAAUGGUUGAUUCUGCUUCUUCAGAAUUACUUGCACUAUCAAAAAUAUUCCAUGAGUCUGCUAUUGAAGUAAAUGAACAAGGAACAGAAGCAGCAGCUACUACUGCUCCUGAAUUCAGGUGGUUAUGUGCUAUUCGGAAUCCGCCAAGCUUUGUAGCUGACCAUCCUUUUUUGUUCAUUAUCAAAGAGGAAAUCUCUGGAUUAGUGCUCUUUAUCGGAGCUGUACUUAACCCUCUCAUGGUUUCUUGAUAUUUAGCAGCAAACCAAUUAAUGCUUAAUAAAAUUGAACGUGGAAUUCAAUCUUAUAGUUUUUUCUGCAUUUUCUUAAUACAUUUGUGUCUGUAUAAAAUCCAUGAUCUUAACAGUAAACUGCUGCUUCUUUCUUUCUUCCAAUUGUUUGUAAGAAUAAUUUGACUCUUAAAGAUUGAUUUUCUUCUGGAUAAGAAAAUCUUUCCCUCAGUUUCCCUUUCAUCUGCAAACUAGAAGCAAAGAAAUACAUAGAUAUACUGUACGAUACUAAAUAUUCUUAACAGUUUUAGAGGAAGGUGACGUUUGUUUCCCGGGAAAGUGCAUCUGAAAGGGAAAGUAAAAGGAUUUGAUAGGACAAUGAACACUGUUAGGCGCUUAGCAGUAGGUAAGUUGU